AGUAGCUAAUAAAGCUAAUAUGGCAAAGGCUUUCUUCUUCUUCUUCUCAUUGCUGCUUCUUCAAACACUACUCAUCAUGAUCAUUGCAACAAGCCAUGUUCAUGCAAUGUUUCAACUAAAAGAAGCAACCAUCGACGAAAUUCAAAGCGCUUUUGCGCGAAACGAAAUCACAUCAAAGCAUCUAGUUAAGUUGUAUAAAGAUGAGAUCUUUAAAAGAAACCCUAUCCUUCGUGGCGUCUCGGAUCUAAAUCCGGACGCAGAAUUUGAGGCUGAGAAAGCCGACCAAGAGCGGUUGGCGGGGAAAAGAGGGACAAAGUUGAGUGGAAUACCGGUGUUGGUAAAGGACAACAUUGAUUUCAAAAAGAAGAAGAUGAGUACGACGGCCGGUUCGUAUGCGCUUGUUGGGUCGGUGGUGGCGGAGGACGCUUUUGUGGUGAAGAAGUUGAGGGAGGCUGGGGCCAUCAUUCUUGGCAAAGCCACCUUGAAGCAGUGGAAUGGUUUUAGGUCUUACAAUAUGCCUGGUGGUUGGUCUUCCUAUGGUGGCCAAGGCAAGAACCCUUAUAACCUGAGCAAUGAAGUGUGCGGAUCAAGCAGUGGAUCAGCAAUAUCAAUGGCAGCAAACUUUGCAACGGUGUCAUUAGGGACUGAAACCGAUGGCUCAAUAAUUUGUCCUGCAGCAUACAACUCAAUCGUUGGAAUCAAACCCACCGUUAACCUCACUAGCAGAUCCGGCGUGAUCCCUAUUUCUCUAAGACAAGAUUCCGUUGGGCCUAUGGCUAGAACGGUAGAAGAUGCAGUUUAUGUUCUUGACGUAAUUGUAGGGAAAGAUGAGAAAGAUGAAGGAACUGUGAAUGCCUCUAAACACAUUCCAGAGGGUGGCUAUGCUCAAUAUCUGAAUCCUCGUGGUCUACAAGGAAAAAGACUUGGAAUCUUGAGAUACCCUGAUUCUUUUAAUAUUUUUCCUGAAAAUUCUGUUGAGAAUGCUACAUAUCAACAACUCUUCCAAAUAAUGAGGGAUCAAGGUGCGACACUUGUGGAUGACAUAGUAAUUGAGAAUACUGAAGAAAUUUAUGAGAAUGAAAUGAUAGCAUUGUUAGCCGAGCUCAAGAGAGACUUGAAUUCUUAUCUGGCAAACCUCGUGUCUUCACCUAUGCGAUCCCUCACAGAUCUCAUCAUCUUCAACUAUAAACACUACGUCCUUGAGAAAAUCAUUGAAUAUCCACAAGACAUGUUUCUAGAUGCAAACAAGUUCGAUGGAAUAAGCAAAGAAGUUCAAGAAGCAAUAUCAAAUCUAGAAACACUUUCCGAAAAUGGGUUUGAGAAGAUGAUGAAGGAGAAGAAGCUUGAUGCAUUAAUAUAUGUGGGACAAAAAUUGGUUCCAUUUUUAGCGGUUGGUGGUUACCCAGCAAUAACAGUGCCUGGUGGAUACAACAAUGAGAAUAUGCCAUUGGGCGUUUCCUUUGGAGGAUUAAAGUAUUCAGAACCAACUCUGAUUGAAAUUGCUUAUUCUUUUGAACAAGCUACCAAGAAACGCAGGCCUCCUCCUGAUGAUGUAAUCAUACUGCAAGUACCACAAGGCAGGAGCAGCCGAGCACCUCGAUUUAAUAAAUAUUAAUAAGAUAAAUAUGUCCUAAAAGAUUUGGGAUCCACUUAUAGAUUUUUAUGGUAAAAAAAUAUAAGGUAAUUAAGUUUUUAAGAAAAAUUUGCGACUACUUAUAAGUCUUGAGAAAAAAAAAUGUCAUGUUCGUUUCUGAAAAAUUAUAGCAUUGAACUAACAGUUUUUUUUUUUCGAAAUAAAACUUUGUUCAGUGUUAUAAAUUUUAAAGAUUUAUUUUUUUUCUCAAAGACUUAUAAGUUUAUUACAAAAUUUUCUUAAGAGACUUAUUACCUAAUAUAUUUUUUUUUAUAAAUUAAACGCAAAAUCUUUUAGGACUUAUUUAUGCUAUUACUCUAUAAUAAAUUUGUGUGAAUUGAAUAAAUUGGCGAAUUAGUUAUAAUUGUUGUUUAAUAUAAUGGUAUUCACACAUUAGGUGAUGAGUACAAAGUGUUCUGAGUGAUGUGGCUUUGUCAUCCCCCUUAUGAGAUGAAAGCAAUGAAAUAAGUAGCAUCUUGGUGCUGUCAAUGUGUAAGUUUAAUUAGUUUAUUGUUUCAAGUUUUCUGAUGUAAGCACAUGAUUUAUGUCAUAAAUUCACAAUAUUUUAAUGAAAAA